AUGUUGACAGGACUUCGCUUCAAGUGCAACUGUGCACGCUGCUCGCAGCAUCCUGACGGAUUCACGUACCAGACAAAGCAGGUUGUUGUGAAACAUACAAAGAAGUGGCCCCCUGUCGCACAACCAUUGGCAAUCCGGGAUCCUACAACCAAUUUGUCCAGGCCAUCUGAGGGUACCGGCAUCAACCAAGAGAGACUGCAGGAUGACAACAUACCCGGGCCUGCAGGCGAGCCAUAUGAUCAUCCAGAUGAUCCAGUUCCUAUCCCGCAUCCAAGAAGACACCAAAUACCUGGCAACCAGCUGCUUCAAGACUUCAAUUUCCGUGCAGUGGCAUGGCCUGAUGUGCGAGUGCCCGGCAGUGAUCAAGAUCAGGAGGAUUGGCCGUCCCUUGUUCCACAAGCCUUCCAAGAACGUCCGGGUGUCCGUCUUGCCUACCUCAACACAGUCAUAGCGAACGUCUUUGGAAAGCAGAGCAUCCAAGCUGCAACGGACGCUCUCAACAAUCAACUAAAUUGUAUGCUUCUCGAAGGUGUAUUACCCGAGCAUCCAUGGCCUGUCCGUCCGUCAUCUCUUGAGCGCGAAGCGUCAACUUGGCAUCGAUCCUGA